CGUCAGCGCCCACACCCUCUGACGCUGGAAGUGACGUCACGGCGGAAGAGCCCAGCAGCUCGUCUCCAGCGGAGCUAACAGCUAACAGCUAACGGCCGGUUCUCCACAGCUGGAUCCCCGCAGUGUUGUCUGCCCGCGGCCGGUGCGAGGUGAGCCCUGGGCGGCGGCGGCUCGGAGCCUGUGUCGGUCCUCGCAUGGAGGCGGAGCGACACUAAAGAGAAGAGGCAGCAACAGGCGGUCGAGCUGGCGGACAUGGCGGCGACCAGAUAAACAGCAGGCGAAGCGACACCGAGGAGGAGAGGCGGCCGCUGCGGGAGGACCUUCGCUUACUUCGGAUGUUACAUGGAGGUUAACCGGGGCUGCCCGGGACUAUAGCCUCAGACUCAAGCCGCAUGGCGUCAACUCAAGCCCGGAUAGGCCAGCAGGCCUUAGCGGUGCUGGAUGUGGCUCUGCGAGUUCCCUGUAUCUUUAUUAUCGACGCCAUUUUUAACUCUUACUACGACCCAGGGUCAGGAUGGGCCGGGGCGACGGGCAAGGUGCUGGUCCGGGUCACGGGUGUCCUCAUCUCCAGCGUGGUGCUGCUGCUCUCCCAGAAAGCCUUGUUCAAGUUCUACACGCUCUUCUGUGCGGUUCUCCUCGGCAUGACGGCGGUCCUCAUCAACUACUACGCCACUUCCCACAUAGACUUCUACAGCGCCUACUACAAAGCGGCGCUGGGGUUCAGGUUGCUGCCCAGAAACGGCCCGACGCUGUGGCUGGGAAUGGCGGCCGUCCAGCUCGUGCUCGGCGUGGGCUACGUGUUCCUGCUCAACCUCCAGUCGGUGUUUGCAGCGCUGGUGGUGCUGGACAUCAUGAUUCCUCUGUGGGGGCUGAUGAUCGAGCUGCCGGCAGACGUGAGACAGCUGGUGGCCGUGUUCUCGGGCCUGGCGUUGGCCCUCAACACGGCCGUGUGCCUCACCAUGAGGCUGAAAUGGUUCUACUACUCGUGUCGGUACGUCUACCUGCUCGUGCGGCACAUGUACAGGAUCUACGGACUUCAGCUGCUGCUCGAGGACACGUGGAAGAGGAUCAGGUUCCCCGACGUGCUGCGGGUGUUCUGGCUGACCCGGGUCACUGCCCAGGCGCUGAUCCUGGUGUACGUGGUGCAGGCGGUGAGGAGGGAGAGCGGUGAUGCUACAGGUGGUGCCACAGACGGGGGCUCAAACUCACAGGGUUACCUGCUGAGCUGGGACGUGUUCUGGGAUCUGACGAGUAACCUGAUCAUCUCCGGCUGCGACUCCACGCUCACCGUGCUGGGGAUGAGCGCCGUCAUCUCCUCCCUCGCGCACUACCUCGGCCUCAGCAUCCUGGCCUUCAUAGGUUCGACGGAGGAGGAGGACAAGCGUUUAGGAUUCGUGGCUCCUGUUCUGUUCUUCAUCCUGGCUCUGCAGACCGGCCUCAGCAGCCUGGACCCAGAGGAACGUCUGGUUCGUCUGAGCCGGAACAUGUGCCUUCUGCUGACGGCCAUCCUGCACUUCAUCCACGGCAUGACCGACCCCGUCCUGAUGUCCCUCAGCGCCUCCCACGUCUCCUCGGUCCGCCGCCACUUCCCUGUCUUGCUGGUGUCCCUGGCACUAUUUGUGCUCCCUGUGGCGCUCAGCUACACCCUCUGGCACCACUACGCCCUCAACACCUGGCUGUUCGCCGUCACCGCCUUCUGCGUGGAGCUCUGCCUCAAGGUGGUGGUGUCGCUGACGGUCUACGGCCUCUUCAUGGUCGAUGGCUUCUCUAACGUCCUCUGGGAGAAGCUGGAUGACUACGUGUACUACGUGCGCUCCACAGGCAACAUCAUCGAGUUCCUGUUCGGCGUCAUUAUGUUCGGAAACGGGGCCUACACCAUGAUGUUCGAGUCGGGCAGCAAGAUCCGCGCCUGCAUGAUGUGCCUGCACGCCUACUUCAACAUCUACCUGCAGGCCAAGAACGGCUGGAAGACGUUUAUCAACCGCCGCACGGCCGUCAAGAAGAUUAACUCCCUGCCGGAGAUCCGUGGGGACCAGCUGAGGGACAUCGACGACGUGUGCGCCAUCUGUUACCAAGAGUUCGCCACCUCGGCCCGCAUCACGCCCUGCCACCACUAUUUCCACGCGCUGUGCCUGAGGAAGUGGCUCUACAUCCAGGACACGUGCCCAAUGUGCCACCAGAGAGUUUACAUCGAAGACGAGAGCCGGGACAGAGCCGCCUUCUCUAACAACAAUGGGAACUACGCAGCGCCGCAGGACGCUGCUGACGCUGCCCCAGCGGCGCCGGGGGACAACGAGCACGGACAGCCCCCCGCGGAGCUGCCGGCCGAGGGAGCGGCAGCCGGCGCGCAGGCCGCAGGAGGGGGGGAGCUCAACAAUGAGCUGCUGGAGGACAACGACAGCAUAGAGUACGACGAAGACGAGUGGGGGACUCAAAAUGGCAGCAUGCCGAUAGAAGAAGAUUAUAUCAAUGACGACACUGACUCCACAGAGGACUGACGAGAAAAGAUCUAUAGAAAACAAAUGUCUUUAUUAUAUUUAAGUUAAAAAUAAUUAUAAAACAUCUUCAGCAUCUUAAUUUCUUCUGGAAAAUGUCAGGGAAGUCACGUCUUUUUUUUCUUGUUAGUUUCUUUUCAUUUGAUUCUGGGUUUAACUCUAUAAGGGCUCGUGGAAAGAGUAACUGCUGCUCAUGUGUGUGCAUGUGUGUGUGCUUAUGUGUGUGUGAGUGCACGUGUGAGUGUGUCGGGGCUGCAUGAACUCAUAGUGUGUUUAUUUUUCUUACUUUAUUCCAGAAGUAUUGGAGAUCCUGAUAAUAAUCGUUUGGAAACAACCGUCUGUUCACAUGUUAUCUCUUGAUGCCUCAAACCUGAUCAUCAGCAAAUCAAAAUACCAGAUUUUCUGCUCCUCUGAGAAUCUGCACGACACAACUAUACCAGUGACAUCACCACUUUGUGUAGACGUCUGUCACUCAUGCAGCCCUGAUGUUUAUUGGUGUGUGAUCGGGGGAAUUUGUGUAAUCACGCGUGGGUACGCCUGCCGACGUAUAAUGUGCUUAGACGAUGUCUUAAAGAUGCAGUUUGUGUUUCCUUGCUGUGUGUUACCGCGGAGACGCUGCAGUGUUUCUGUUCAUUAACGACAAAUUGUGGAGCGACUUAACAAAUUCAAGCUGCUGGAUGUGAGAAAGGAGAAAAACCUGAUUUUUCUUAUUUAGCUUAGAUUUCCAACCUGCUGUCAACACAUUCUAAAUUAUUAGAUUUAUAAAUAAAGAUGGACGACGCGUCUCCACUUCCUCCCCCUAUCAAGACAUUAAGCCAAAGUAGCUCAGAUCCAAAUGCUGCCAUCUUGCACUCAUGGCGUCAUUUGGAGUCUGCGGUUGUGAUCGUGGAGCCGCGGUUUCGAGAUCCUGUCGAUGCACGUGCUUGAUGAAUCGGUCUCAGCUGUCAAUCAUGACGUCUCCGCCCGCUUUUAUAUCAUCAAAUAACUAAUUAUAACCAAACCGAUUAGAAACUUGAACAAAGAUCAGUGAGAUAAGAACGACCUGAAAUCACUGGAACCAUCUUUGACAAACAUUUAUUUCACGUGUAUUUUGACUUUUUAUUUUGGUCCAUGUCCCAUCGGCUAACAUGGAGGAGGCGGGGUUUAUAACGCUUUGGCUUUACUUUUGUGAAGCCGUCAUGUCGUCCAUCUUUAUUUACAACCUGGUUUCAGCAAAACGCCAAGAAUUUGAGAAGAUACUUCCUGUUGUGUCCUGCGAGGGUGGAGUUCGCUCAAAACAUUUCUGACCGUCCAACUUUUAAAAAUCUCACUAAACCAGAAACUCCGACCUGAAGCUCAGACGUGAGAAACUCCUGCUCAGCAUUUUUGUCUUUAACGAACUCCAGGAGAAUGUUUGUGAGAUUUGUUCAGAGAGCGAGUGAAGCAGUUUUCUAUCAGCUCUGCACCAACCAGAGAGAAAAUCAGAGGUGACGCAUUAAGCUGUGUCAUCACUGAUAUACCUCUACCAUUACUACUGGUCCCUUGUGUGACCUUGCUUACAUUUGUGUACGUUAUUGUACAUGUAAUAAAACGACACACGUGCACUCUCCUCCCAUAGAAUAAGAGAAACAUUUUUAAAAUGAAACUUUGCACAUUUCAUGGUUUUAUUCGGUUGAAUUCUUGUUUCAGACCCAGACAUUGCUGCUGCAGAUGUUUGGAGACGUAGUGGAAGAAACAAGGAAAGUCGUAUUCUCAAAAAAGAAAAGUAUUUGGUGAAAUGAUAAAUUCUUCCUCAUUAAAUUUUAAUGUCACAAAAAUGCGACGUAUGAAAAGGUGCCAGUUGUUUUGUUGAACAGGAAGUUUAAAGGAGAUGUAUCUUGUUUUAUCAGUGUUUCUUUCCUCUCGUGUGUUACAAAGGUUUUCUGUGGAUGUAAAAGUUCUAUAAAGUUAAAAAGCCCAAAGUCUGUGGUUUAAGGAGCUAAAAACACUGACGGCCCUGAAACACCUCGUCAGCUGUCCAACAGAUGUUCCUGCACCUUUGUGAUGUCACAAGACACGUUUGCACUUCCUGUGGCGAAGCAAAUCAGAACCUUAAAAUGAUCGACCUGAAGAUGAGCAGAAUAUGUCUCCUUUAAAGACUGGUUUCUUUCAAAUGGAAGAAAGUACCUGAAUCAUUUUGUGUCUGUCAUUUUGUACGAGCAGUUUUAUUCGGUCGAUGCACUUUUCUUUUUGUUUGUAAUCACUGGCACAGACUCGUUGAACCAACUGUGGUUCUAGUCUCAGGGUCCUGCUGCAGGGCUGGAAGAGUUCUUUCAAUACACGGAAACAUUUCCAGCCCUGGGAGAAAAAAAGACUGAAGAGCUGCAGGAAAGUUUGGACAUGUUCAGAUCUUCCUUCGUUGUAGUAAACCUACAACUGCUUCGUUUCCUACGGUUGAUACUUGUUGAAAAGUUGAGCUACAGCAGCAGACGUCCCAUAAACACUGAUCCAAAAAAAACUACUGUCUGGAAACUUCAUUUUUCUUUCUUUUAAACUGUGCCGCUUCCCAUCCCUCAGCGACCACAGGUCAAGCACAAACUCUGAGUAUUAACACUGUUUAGACUUCCACAGCCUGAACGUCUUAAAGGUUUGACUGCAAACCCGUGUUCAUUACUGUUGUAAUUACAGGCCGCAGACGAUAAGCUGUAAGGAAUGCAUUAUGUUUAAUGAGGAAGAGAUGGAGUAUGAUGAUGAUGAUGAUGAUUAGAAAGCUGUGCUUUUUGACAUGUGUCAGCGAUGAAGGGUUAUUUGGUUGAUUGUUCUGAAAGCUUUUUAAAAAGGUAAAAAGUGUUGAUUUUGCCUUUUGUUUUAAAAGGAGAUUUAUGUAAAUAAAAUCAUCUUUGAUAAUGA